CUCCUUGUCUCUUUCUCACUCCUCUAUAUCUUAUUGGGAAGGAGAUAUGGCUACACUGCCCUCUAGACACUUUUCAAUGUGCCACCUUUACAUAUUCUCUUUUCCCCCAUUCCCUAUAUCAUCCAGCUUUUAGGCUGCUCUUUUCAGUGUAGGUACUUCUCUGAGCUGAAAGCUUCUUCCUCUUGGCACACAUAUUGGGUUUCUCUUUCUCCACUCUCUUCCUGCUUUCAUCCUUUCUUUCAAAUUUUGAGCUCUGUUAAAAUACUAAUACACAUUAGCUAUGACUUGGGAUGAUGUAGUGGAUGAGUCUACGCGUAACCUAACGCACCCGACUCGCUCGCUUUGGCCCAGCAACACACGUCCCCACUUCAGGCGUACCUACAACGAUGGCUUCUCUGAUCUCAACUACAAUCACUCUUCCUCUUUGAACUUUCCCACCCACCCAUCUCCGUCUAGACGCCCCCGUUUCAACCAAAAUGAACCCGGCCGUUCUACACGUGCUCGUGGCCUUGAUCGAGGACGUGGGCGUGGACGUGGACACCGCCGCAACUCAUUUUUGGGUGGCCCAAACCCAAACUCAUUUGAUAUUUCUGACAAGUUUGAGGAAGUAGAGCUAACAGACAAUGAUCAAGGUAAAGCAAUCAACUUUGAUGCAUACGAGGAUAUACCGGUGGAGGCUAGCGGCUCAAACAUACCGAAACCGGUGCCGAGUUUUGAUGAGAUUGAUUUAUCUGAAUCUUUGAAGCGAAAUAUUGAGAGGUGCAAGUAUGUGAAGCCAACGCCCAUACAGCGUCACGCCAUACCAAUAGCCAUUGCUGGCCGUGACUUGAUGGCGUGUGCGCAGACAGGGUCGGGAAAAACGGCUGCGUUUUGUUUUCCGAUUAUUAGCGGGAUUAUGAGAGCGAGAGACCGACUUAAACAGGCCGCGCUUGGUGAUGGUGGUGGGGCCAGAGUUGCUUACCCGACUGCUCUUAUUUUAUCUCCUACCAGAGAGUUGUCUUGUCAGAUACACGAUGAGGCCAGCAAGUUUGCUCACCGUACAGGAGUCAGGAUUGUGGUGGCUUAUGGGGGGGCCUCCAUUGUUCAACAGUUUCAUAAUUUGGAGAAGGGUGUUGAUAUUUUAGUUGCUACUCCUGGACGAUUGGUGGAUAUGAUUGAGAGAGGAAGAGUUUCUCUUAAAAUGAUCAAGUAUCUUGCUUUAGAUGAGGCUGACAGAAUGUUGGACAUGGGAUUUGAGCAUCAGAUAAGGAAGAUCGUAGAGCAAAUGGACAUGCCUCCUCCUGAGGCAAGACAGACUUUGCUUUUCAGUGCUACAUUUCCUGACGAGAUUCAGAGACUGGCAUCUGAUUUCCUUUCGGAUUAUAUAUUUCUAACUGUUGGAAAGGUUGGUUCUAGCACUGAUUUGAUAGCACAAAGAGUUGAAUUGGUUCAGGAUUUAGACAAAAGAAUCCAUCUUUUGGAUCUUCUUUGUUCUCAAAAGCCCAAUGAAACUCGUUACAAGCCAUCAUUAACUCUUGUAUUUGUGGAGACAAAGAGAGGAGCAGAUGCAUUAGAGCGAUGGUUAUUGAAGAAGGGUUUUCCAGCUAUAGCAAUACAUGGCGACAAAAUACAAUGGGAGAGGGAGCGAGCACUCAAGUCUUUCAAAAGUGGCGCCACUCCAAUUUUGGUGGCAACAGAUGUUGCAGCACGAGGUCUUGACAUACCACACAUUGCCCAUGUGAUCAAUUUCGACUUGCCUAAAGCGAUAGACGACUAUGUUCACAGGAUAGGCCGCACUGGCCGUGCUGGUAAUUCUGGCCUGGCCACUGCAUUCUUCAGUGACAAGAACCUGCCACUAGCAAAGCCACUCGCUGAACUAAUGCACGAGGCAAACCAGGAAGUUCCUUCUUGGCUAACUGAGUAUUCCCAGAAUUCUUCUGGCACAGUUCAUGGUUACAGCCAGUGUGGAUAUAGCAACAAAUUUGGUGGCUAUGACUUCCGAAAAAGUUCCCAUUCUUCUAGCACCACUGUUGGUUACCCUGAGUAUUAUGGCGCUGAUAAUUCCACUAAUGGUGCUGAAAAUUUUUCUACUGAUAAUGGUGGAUGGUACUCUGUUGAUUCAAAUGCUGAUUAUUAUACUGGUCCAGCUGAUUCAGAUGGUUGGUAUUAGCGUAUCUAGACAACUAGUUUUACAUUUUGCAGCGCUCUAGAGGGAUGCUUUAAUAUUUUAAGUUUUUUUUUUUUUUUUAAAUUUUCAUAGAUGUUAAGUUAGACCUGCAGAAGCUUAUUUUGUGGGCUGUUAGUUCUGCCACUGGCUUUGCAACAAGGAUGCUUGGUUUUUACAA